CCCACCCCCAACGGACAGCAGUCCCGCCCUAGGACCUGGGCUCCAGCCCCCGUGGGGAUAAACACGGAACCCCGCUGAGCGGCAAACUCAGGACCUGGGUAGCUGAGGCGCGCGACGCCGGAUUCUCUGCGGCCACUGAGGCAACUGCGUCCGGGGUGUUGGCCAGAACAUGUCUUUCAGUCUGGAAUCCACAAAGGAAUUGCUUAUUUUCUUAGGAAAAUCAUUGUUUAGUAUUUUGGAAGCCCUUCUUUUUCAAGUGAUCCCAAAGCCAAGGAAGAAUGUUGCUGGUGAAAUAGUUCUCAUAACAGGUGCAGGGAGUGGACUGGGAAGGCUCUUAGCCUUGCAGUUUGCCCGCCUGGGAUCAGUGCUUGUGCUCUGGGAUGUCAAUAAGGAGACAAAUGAGGAGACGCUCCGGAUGGCUCAGGAGGCUGGAGCCACCAGGGUGCAUGCAUAUCCCUGUGACUGCAGCCGAAAAGAAGAAGUGUACAGAGUGGCUGACCAGGUUAAAAGAGAAGUUGGUGAUGUUUCCAUCCUCAUCAACAAUGCCGGCAUCGUAACAGGCAAAAAGUUCCUUGACUGCCCAGACGAGCUCAUGGAAAAAUCGUUGGAUGUGAAUUUCAAAGCACAUUUAUGGACAUACAAAGCCUUUCUUCCCACCAUGAUUGCUAACAACCAUGGCCAUUUGGUUUGCAUUUCAAGUUCAGCAGGAUUAAUUGGAAUAAAUGGACUAGCAGAUUAUUGUGCAAGUAAAUCUGCGGCCUUUGGAUUUGCCGAAUCUAUAUUUAUGGAAACAUUUGCCCAAAAACGGAAGGGGAUCAAAACUACAAUUGUGUGCCCAUUCUUUAUAAAAACUGGAAUGUUUGAAGGUUGUACUACUAAGUGUCCUACUGUGUUACCAAUUCUGGACCUAGAAUAUGCAGCCCGAAAAAUAGUAGAUGCCAUUCUUCAGGAACAGACUUACCUGUAUAUGCCAAGUUCUUUAUACUUCCUCGUGUUCUUAAAAAGCUUCCUUCCCAUCAAGACAAGAAUGCUCAUAGCUGACUAUAUGGGGAUCAUCCACAUAAUGGAUAGCUUCACCGGCCCAAAGAAGAAACCGUAAAGAACAGAUCCAUACCUGAUUUUAUCUGAUACCCAACACUACAUCAGGCUUCUUUCAAAGGAGAGAAGUAUUUUUGCCUGACAGAAUCCAAAGACAAGUACUAAUCAUGUUCUGCUCUCUGGACAAGAAUUUCCUUCCCACAUCUUUGAAAGCAAUGUUAAUAUUUCCUUUGUGUUGAAAUUUUGCUUGUUUGAAAAAUAAAAAUAUCCCUUUCAUCA